AUGCCAACGCAGAGUGAUUCAGAGCAAAUCACCUUGCGCAGAACUGCACCCUGCCUGCCAAGUUCUGUGUUGAUACCGCUGCUGUCAAGUCCUGUACAGGGUGAUAUAGUAAAUCCAACAAGUUACGAUGUUUCCCAGGAUGUUGAUCCUAAGCAUUGUUUUAAAACCUUUCAUCAGUUAAAAAAGACCAGUAGCAAUCGGUCUGGCUUCUGUCAUCUUGAUUGUCUCAUGUGUGGAUGCUUACCAAAGAAUAGAAAAAACUCGCUUGAAGCCUUGCACACGAUGAAUGAUCGACAUCCCUAUAAACCCAAGUUUUCAAAAACCAGUGGGGCUCCACAGUCCUCUGGAUCCCACAACAAUAACAUGCCACCGGAGUCAUCGAUGAAUGAUGCAAAUGAAGGACAAGAAACUCUUCGCCCCAAGGUUGAUGAGAAAUCUCACGCCUCUUCUCUCAUUUGGUCCCCAUUUUCAAGAUUGAGGUGUUACAUUGCCAAACGGCGCCGGAGAAAUGAAGUCAUUAAUUCGGAUGGUGGGAUGGCUGUUUUAGCUUUGUCAAACAAAGGUAGUGCUGAUAGUUCCAAGCCAACCCAGCUGGGAAAUGAUUUAAGGGAACAGCGUCAAACCCUCCUUGGUCCCCAAAAAGAAACUGAUCGAGGCAAGAAGUGUUUCAUAAUUGAUCUUGAUGAAACACUUGUCCACAGCUCCUUCAAGGCAGUAGACAAGGCGGAUUUCAAGGUGGGAGUUGAAAUUGACAGUGUAGUACAUCAGGUAUAUGUACUCAAGCGGCCACAUGUGGACGAAUUCCUCCGAGCCAUGGCUAACAUCUACGAGUGUGUACUGUUCACCGCAAGUCUUUCUAAGUACGCUGAUCCUGUGGCUGAUUUUUUGGACAAGUGGCAUGUUUUUCGCUACCGCCUUUUUCGGGAGUCUUGCGUUUACCAUCAAGGCAAUUACGUGAAGGACCUGGCCCAGCUGGGUCGACCUAUUGAGCAGGUCGUCAUCCUCGACAACUCCCCCGCCUCCUACAUGUUUCACGAGACUAAUGCGGUGCAUAUAACCUCGUGGUUUGACGACAAAUCGGACAAGGCGCUGCUGGAACUGAUUCCUUACUUCCAGCGCCUGGCAGAGGGUGAACCUGGUAACGUGGUGGAGUUUCUGCGGAAUAACCCACCACCUGCACGGUACGCUGCGGUGGGCUCCAGCAACGCAGGCGUUCUCGGGUCUGCCGCCGGUCCCUCGGUAGUUCUCGUGGGGCAGCCCUCCGAAUCCAGCUCCAGCAGCAACCCUUUCUCCUCGCUCCCCCUUCCUUCUGGUGCUUCUCUUCCCCUCUCUCUUCGCGGCAAAGUCCUUCCUUCCGACUCCAAUCCUAUUACUAGCGCCACCGCCAUCUCCACUGCCGCCGAUUCCAGCAAUGGUAGCAAGUUACUGGGGGCUGGUACUACCGGAUCAAACUGCUCGAACGAGGCAUAUGAUUCCACUGAAAAGAAAACCAAGAAAAAGUCUUCCAUCUCAUUACAAGGUCACCUGAGUCUUUCCAGUCCCUCGGGUCACUGCCACUUAUGA